UAAUGUUUAAAAUGACUGGUUAAUAGUGCUAUUAUAAAGUGCAAUGUCAGCACAAUUUUCUUUCCUGCAAUUUAAAAUGCACUUGUUUUAAUAAAUAAAUACAGCGUUUGAAAAGCAUACACAAUCUGUGUUAAUAUAUUAGUCUGUGGUUAAAAGGACUUGAAAGGACUCGAAACUCAAAAUGCAGGAUUUAGGACUUGACUUGAGACUUUCCAGUCUUGACUUUGGACUUGACUCGGGGCUUGCCUAGACUCGGGACUUGACUCAGACUUGAGGGCAAAGACUUGAGACUUACUUGUGACUUGCAAAACAAUGACUUGGUCCCACCUCUGCUGUUUUGUGAUUUAUGUAUUCUGUUGCAUGUUUACUCUAUUAACCUGCCUUAGGACAACGGAAACAUUCCUAGUUUGUGAACCAAUUCUCAAACAAUGGCAAUAUAACUAUUCUGAUUCUGAUUAGCUAUUGUGCUAACUCCGGCAUAUUUACACUGUUGCUCUAUGUUGAUGAAUAUGCAUCGUCCUAAUUCAAAUAAAUAAAUACAUUAACAUUAAAUUAAAAUAAAUGGUUGGGUUUGUUUCAAUCACAAAAUUAAUAUAAAAAAUAUAUAUUCCCUUUAUUAGUGUACACCACAAAUUAUCUGAAUCUAUUUGCGUUGAGGUUAUAUAAUACAACAAUCUCACUAUCUUGUAUUUACAUGUCCCUGAUGGAAUAUCGCCGUGUCGAAAAUGUCACUCAACCUACUGCGUGAGUCCAGGAAAUCCUACAUUCCCUGAAAGCAACAUGGCUGGACUGGAAGGCGUCGACCCACCCAAUAGUAUGGAGCGUUAAUGACACUUGCCCACCAGGUGGUGGCGGUGUUACGCACACAUUUUACGGCCUACCCGUAAAAAAAGAGAAGGAGAGCACUUCCCACAACCGUUGAGAUGGCUGGAGAGCUGACAACUUUUCCAUGUUUCGUGAAAACAAGAAAAUGAACAAUGUAGAAUUUGAUAAACAUUCACGUUGCUCGUGGAAAUGGACGAGACAAGUCCAUUGCUGUACAAUCAGUCACGCGAGGGAUCAGAUCUUCUGUCUCCGAAUCUGAGGCCAAGACACCAGGAACUGAUACCGACGCCAUGUGGACCGAUCAAGCGCUGGUCGGAGCUGUCGUGCCCGCUCAAGUCCUACUUCUGCUUGACCGUAGCGUCUCUACUGGCGCUGCUGGGCCUCACCGUGUCCAGCGUCUACAAGCAGCACACGGGCACGGCCGCCUCGGACGAGGACAACUUGACCGUCUCUCUCAUCCAGCUCAUUGGAAUAUUGUUCUGUGUGUACUACAUCAGCCGAGGGGUUCUCCAGGACAACAGACAAGAGCUGGUCAAGUUUGUGCUGAGUGUGCUGGUGGUCAUGCUUCGGUCCCUGGUCAACUUCUGUGUGCUGGACUCCGAGGACAGGAUGAAGCUGCUGGUGCGCUUUGUGUGCAUUAUGAGCGUGGGCCUGGUCCACAUCUUCUGCACCACGCUGCUCAUCCGAAGACCAAACACCAUGGCCUUCCGUGUGGGCGGGGCCUUGGAGAGCCUCCAAGAGCAGUACUUUGUGCUGAACCUCUGCUUCUCCAUGGUGACCUUUGACCUGCAAGCACAGUUGUGUCUGUGUGUCCUCGUCACAACGUGGGACUCCACCUUGUCCACCCGCAAUGGCGUCCUCCUGGGAGUGGGCGUGGUCUGGGCCUGCCUGACCGCCGCUGUCGGAGCAGCUGCAGUGUUGAAGGAGUCCAAAGUCCUGGUGUGGAUCUUCAUGACACUGAACCUUCCUCAAGUGGCCUUCUUCGUCUUCCUCGUUUACACGUGGCAGGAGGACACGUCGUACACGCUGGAGGCGGCUGCUGUCACCGGAGGCGUCGUCUCUCUGCUCAUUAAAGUGCUUCUGCUGUGGAGCCUCGUCAGGCUGGUUCGCAGCUUUGGUCAAGGCCUCCGAGAAAGAAUGUUUGCAGGCAGCCAGUGAUAAGAUGCCAGGGGUCAAAGGUCACAGCUGCACAUGAAGACCUGAGCAUGGAUCACUUUUUUUUAAUGUAAAAACUAACAAAACUCUUCCGCUACUGCAGAAAACUUUUUAAGGCUUUUGUUUUUUGUCUUAAUUUUUUCCCAACGUUCAUCUUAUUCUUCCACUAAUUCAUGUGAUUAGGACUUUUGGAAAAAAAAAUUUUUGGACUUAAUAUUUUUGGUUUUAAUUUUGCACUUCAAUUUUCUCAAUGAUUCUGCACUUAUUAAUGUUGGAAUUUAAAUGUUUUUUUUUAACAUCCAUGCACUAUACUUUUUGUAAUUUAAAAAAUAUAUAAGAAAUAUAAACAUUUAAAUUAAAUUACAAAUCUUUCCAUGAAUAACAUUUGAGGAAUGUAUUUAUAUAUUUCAUUUACAUUUUAAUUGCACUUAUUUUUUUAAAUACAUUCCCAAUAUUAAUAUAAAAAUCUAACAUUUAAAUGUUCUUAUAAUUAUUUUAGCAAAGUUUUACCUUUCUGCAU